ACCCUGGAUAUGGGCCUAUUGAUUUGCAAUUUCGCAAGUGACACAUGUCAUUCAAUUCGAUGAAAGAGUAAAUUUUUAAUUUUAAAAGUAUUUGUAUUCAAUUCGUGAUUGGAGUCCAGAUUUCAUCACAUCAGGAAACCAUAAAAACACACACAAAUUAAUUUUUUUAUUUGGGGUAUUGCAUCGUAGCCGCCCGCCGAAGAAUCUACCUACAUGUUGUUGUGAAAAUUGAAAAAAAUCAAGCAUCAUGGCGGAAUCUCUAGCCGUUUUCCCAUGAAGUGAUCCAUAAAAGAUUCUUGGACGGAUGAGAAGUUUCACCAUUUGGAAUUGUGUUGAGCAUCCAGGAUGAAUCUUUGGUGCAUCUGUUAUUUACAUCAUUUUAAGUGUUUACUGCGCUGAAGACAUUUAUCAAUACAAUUUUUUAAAUAUUCUUAUUAUUAAUACUAGACAUAUGCUGUUGGGAAUAAAGACAUCAUGGAAGUUGAUCAGAUCUGGAAUAUCUUCGAAAGUCAGGGCCUGAAGCUGCCAGACUAUCUGAUCAAACUACUUUUGUGCAGUGGAUAUGAUAAUCUACAAUCUCUAUGUAAAUUGACCUCUCACCAACUAAUUGAAGAAUUAGAAAAUUAUGCAACAGAUUGUUUGGAUGCUUCUGACUUGGGCUUCUCUGAAUCUGAAGCAAAAUAUUACUUCAGUAAUCGAACAAUGAAAUUUAACAUUCUCCCAGGACACAAGCAUCUACUUGUUACUGCAGCUGAAAUGGCCACAAAGCUGAUACAACAUUCUGACAAUGAAGAUGAAUGUGAAUUUGAGAAAUUACCUAUAGAAAAUGAUCAAUCAAUAAUGGUAGAGGAAAAACCAAGUCAGCACAAUGGUCUACAUUUUCUUUCAGAGUUUUCUUCUCUUGGAAGUCGUAAUAAAACUCCAAAAUCUACUACACCAGCAAAUAGUCAUUCUGAGCCGAUUGCAUCGGUCGAAGAAGAGCAAAAUUCGUUGAUAGAAUUCCUAAAAACAUGGAUCGCUCGGAAAAUUCUAUCAGGACUCUUAGCACCCUUCCUUUUCGAUGUUGACUACAGAGUACAAGUAUAUCGACCGAAAUCGAGCAAUCAGUCAAGUCGGACAGACAUUUAUUCGUUUGUCUGCCUUCGCUGCAACACCACGAUAAGGGCAUUCAAGCGACCAAAUGGUCAGAAUUGGAAUGCUGCAAAUGUUUGCCGCCACAUUACCACCGUUCAUUUUCUGGCAACAUCAAAAUCACCCAAAAAAUUAAACUACCACGUCUCAAGCCUUUCGACGCCGCCCCUCUCCGACUCGUCGCCAAAUGAACAAGAUCCUCUUAAUUAAUUAUAUAUGAUGAUAACAAAUGCUUUAAUAUGUAAUGAUUGUGGGUAGCAAUGUUAUAGGAACGGCAGCGUUUCACACGAAUCGUUCGUUUCCGCAAUAAAGAAAAAGUUUAUCUGUCCUAA